AUGGAGCCUCCUAGGAAGUUAAAGGGCCGCCAAAUGAUUGAGAUGGUGAAGAUCAAGAAGGCGACGAAUCUCCAAGUUACCUUUGCCAAACACCGGGCUUGCAUUUUCAAGAAGGCGAGUGAAAUUAGCACGCUUUGUGGCGCCGAAAUUGCAGUGAUGAAGGAGAAUGCAAGUAAAGCCUGGUGGAUGGGUUCCAUAGAUGACAUGAACCUUUCACAGCUUCAGCAAUUUCAAGCUCCUCUUGAGGAAUUAUACGAGAAUGUUAUAAAAGUCGCCAAAGAAAAUGAUGCUGAAGAUGACAAUAUUAAUCCUAAUUCUGAUGAUCAGCUUUUUCUUGGAAGCUCUUCCAAUGGAACUGGACUUCCAUUUGAAUCUAUCCCCUUAGAUGCUAUCGUUGGUCCCAGAAACAUGGUUAAUCCGAACAUGAAUAUGGUUAAUUCCAACAUGAUUAAUCCAAAUGUGAUUAGUCCCAGCAUGAUUAAUCCUAACAUGGUUAAUCCUGCAGCUUAUAUGAAGAUGCUUCGUGACAUGCUCAACAACAAUAAUCUAAACAUUCCCUUGUCCAAUUCCAUGAUUCCCAAUAAUCUAAACAUGGUCUCUAAUGUCAUGCCUAUCAACAGUAACCCUACAAACAUGAUGCUACCGGCGGCAAAUCUGAUGAUCAACAAUGAUCAAAACAUGGUUCCAGCCGAUCAUAUGAUGAUGAACAAUGACCAGAACAUGAUUGUGGGGGGAUCGGAUGCGAUCAACGAUUAA